AUGCUCACGGCGGGGCGUGGGGCGCGGCUCAGCAUCGAUGGGCUCCCGACUGCCAAGAAGGGCCGGGGUGGGCGCACCGAGAGCCUCCGACGCCGCAGCCAGGGGGCUGGCACCAUGCCUGGGCCAGGAGCGGGGCUGCGCCGGGGCAGUGAACUCCCACCCGAGCCCUCUGGGCGCUCGGCCCAGCUCCUGGCCCAGCCUGGGACACACGGCAUGAGCUACAGUGAAGGGCACCGGUGCGGGGUGCCGGGCGGGAGCGGGGGUGCCAGCCCCAGUGCUGUGACCCGUUCUCCCCCCAGGAACCUGGGUAAAUCCGGCCUGCGCGUGUCCUGCCUGGGGCUCGGCACCUGGGUGACAUUUGGGUCCCAGAUCUCGGAUGAGACGGCCGAGAGCGUCCUCAGCAUUGCCUACGAGCGCGGCAUCAACCUCUUCGACACAGCCGAGGUCUACGCCUCCGGCAAACGCUCCAGCUACGUGGUCACCACCAAGAUCUACUGGGGCGGGCAAGCAGAGACAGAGCGGGGCCUGUCCCGGAAGCACAUCAUUGAGGGCCUGCGGGGGUCGCUGCAGCGCCUGCAGAUGGACUAUGUGGAUGUUGUCUUUGCCAACCGCAUGGACGCUGCCAGCCCCAUGGAAGCCUCUGACCCGAGCUUCCGCCUCCUGCUGCUGGAAGAGAUUGUCCGGGCCAUGACAUACGUCAUCGAUCAGGGCAUGGCCUUGUAUUGGGGCACAUCGCGCUGGAGUGCUGUGGAGAUCAUGGAGGCCUACUCGGUGGCGCGGCAGUUCAACCUAGUGGCGCCAGUGUGUGAACAGGCUGAGUACCACCUCUUCCAGCGCCACAAGGUGGAGAGCCAGCUGCCCGCUCUCUACCACCACAUCGGGGUGGGGGCUGUGACCUGGUCGCCCCUGGCCUGCGGGCUUAUCACCGGCAAGUACGAGGAGCGGGUGCCUGAGAACUGCCGUGCCUCCAUCAAGGGCUACCAGUGGCUGAAGGAGAAGGUGCAGAGCAAGGAUGGGCAGCACCAGCAGGCCAAGGUCAAGGAGCUGCAGCCACUCGCCACACGCCUGGGCUGCACUGUAGCCCAGCUGGCCAUUGCCUGGUGCCUGCGCAGCGAGGGCAUCAGCUCUGUGCUCCUGGGCGUGUCCAGUGUGGAGCAGCUCCUAGAGAACCUGGGCGCUGUCCAGGUGUUGGCCCAGCUCACAGCGCCAGUGUUGCAGGAGAUGGAGGCGUUGCUGGGCAACAAGCCAACCACCAAAAAGGAGUCCCGGGCGUAAGGACACGGCGCUCGGGGCUGGCCCCGCCAGUGUCCCUGCCCCCCUGGCCCCUGGAUUGGCUGUCGCUUCGUGCAUGAGCCUCCAUCCCCCACCUGUACUGUUCUGGAACCGGGCAAGCAGCCCGGUUCCCCAAUGGGAGCUGCUUGCACGGUGGGCAUGUGCCACGGAAUU